UGGUGACUCUGUGACAAUGUGGAGAAGUCAUGUCAGAAAAUGUGAUUUGUACUGGGGCUGUCAAUGCUGUAAAGGAAGUUUGGGAGAAAAGAAUAAAGAAAUACAAUGAAGACCUGAAGCGAGAGAAGGAAUUUCAACAAAAGCUAGUGCGAAUCUGGGAAGAACGAGUGAGCUUAACCAAGCUAAGAGAAAAGGUCACCAGGGUAGAUGGAAGGCUCAUUUUGAAGAUAGAAAAAGAGGAAUGGAAGACCCUCCCUUCUUCUCUACUAAAACUAAAUCAGCUACAGGAAUGGCAACUUCAUAGAACUGGCUUGGUGAAAAUUCCUGAAUUUAUCGGGAGAUUCCAGAACCUUAUUGUGUUAGAUUUAUCUCGAAACACAAUUUCAGACAUACCUCGAGGAAUUGGACUGCUCACUAGACUUCAGGAACUGAUUCUUAGUUACAACAAAAUCAAAACUGUCCCCAAGGAACUAAGUAACUGUGCCAGCUUGGAGAAACUUGAACUUGCUGUUAACAGAGAUAUAUGUGAUCUUCCACAAGAGCUCAGCAACUUGUUAAAGCUUACUCACCUUGAUUUGAGUAUGAACCACUUUACUACAAUCCCUCCUGCUGUGUUGAACAUGCCUGCCCUUGAGUGGCUUGAUAUGGGAAGCAACGGACUUGAACAACUUCCUGAUACUGUAGAAAGAAUGCAAAGUCUACACACAUUAUGGCUCCAACGGAAUAAAAUAACAUGCUUGCCAGAAACAAUCAGCAAUAUGAAAAAUCUGGGUACUCUUGUUCUCAGCAACAAUAAACUGAAAGAUAUUCCAGUGUGCAUGGAAGAGAUGACCAAUCUAAGGUUUGUCAACUUCCGAGACAACCCACUGAAAUUGGAAGUAACACUUCCUCCCGGUGAAAACAUAGAUGAGGAAGAGGAACGGGAAUUAUUCGGCCUUCAGUUUAUGCACACAUACAUACAGGAGUCACGGAAAGCAGGUAACCAAGUCAACUACUCUACUACUUUACCAAACUCUAUAAAUGCUGAUGGAUAAUAUAAUUCAAGAUGCCCUGCUGAAGAGGAUUACUUUGGGAAUUUGGUGAAUUCUCUAAUGUUUGGACUUCUAAAGUAAAAAACAAAGCCAUUACCAAAGUUCAACGAGGCCACAUUUUUUAAAGUUCAUAUU